UACUCUGUGGUUGGCUUCAUCGACAAGAACAAGGACACUCUCUUCCAGGACUUCAAAAGGCUACUGUACAACAGGUCAGAGUCAACACACACCUGCUAUCCCCUCUCCUCUCAACCUCCUCUCGCCCUCCUCCCUAUCUCAUGACACCACUGUAGCCUUCUAUGAUGCACUGAUAGACAAUUUCCUCUUCUCCUCUCUUCCUCUCUCUUCGUAGCUCCAACCCAGUGCUGAAGAUGAUGUGGCCGGAGGGCAAGCUGAGUAUCACUGAGGUCACCAAACGACCCCUAACGGCCGCCACCCUCUUUAAGAAUUCCAUGAUCGCAUUGGUGGAGAACCUGGCAUGCAAGGUGAGGGGUGUGGCCACCGCCGGGCAACUAUUUCAUUGGCCAACAACAACAUUACAUUUUUUGAGAACAUGUACUUGACAGAUCGGGUGCAUCUUAAUAGUCUAAAGGGGUUUUCUUUCCUCAUCUCCUCUCCUCAAAAAUUACACAAAUGUGAACUCACAGGAUAGGUUAAAAAAACAUGUUGGAUAUCCUAUAGGAAUUAGCUUUCACCUGUCCAGUUCUUCCACAUCCGUGCAGAUAAAGGAUAGGAGACUAGGGGGGAAGCCAUUUUAGACAAUUGAGAUGUCGUCAAAGUGUUCAGUGCCACUUUCUGACAAACCCCAUAGUAACCCGCACUGUGUCCCCUCACUGUGGCCCCCUGGUGGUUUGUGUGUGUAGGAGCCCUACUAUGUGCGCUGCAUCAAGCCCAACGACGUCAAGUCACCCCUGCUGUUCGAGCACGAGCGUUGUCGCCACCAGGUUGAGUACCUGGGCCUACUGGAGAACGUUCGUGUGCGUCGCGCCGGAUUCGCCAACCGCCAGGACUACCCCCGCUUCCUCCAGAGGUACGAGCUUCCACCUCAUCUCCGGGUAGAAGUAGAAUCAGGUCCCGCAUUCAAAAUGCUUCUCAGAGUAGUGGGGAUGUAGGAUCAAGUCCCUCCUUUCCAUAUAGUCUUAUUCAUUAUGAUAUAAAAGGCCUGAUCCUGAUCCUAUAUCAGUAAUCCUACUCUGAGUGGGACAUUUUCGUAGUGCAAAUGCAUUGUGCAAAGUGCAAUUAUAAUCUCGCAGUGUGAUUUAAUUUGAAGAUUUUCUUAAACAAUUCCUUCUUUGUGAAUUCAAGCCCCCUCCAACACAAUGUUCCUGUGACCUGCCCUUCACUAGGAACAGCCUUGUAACAGAGUGGGUGUGUUUAAUGACUUGCCUUUUCCAUCGAAUACAGUUGACGCACUGCACUUCAGUGGGGAAAACAAGCUCUGUGACUUGUUGUAUUGAGACAGUAUUCAUCAAUACUAUGACCCUCACAAUGAUGACUUCUGAUUCAUUUACGCUUUCGAUUUGUCAGUGUCAAUACUCCCUGCCUCUGUUUUCAAUCCACUCACAUACCGAACAUUCCCUUAUUAUUUUUUCUCUACCACUAUACUAUGAUAUGCUUACUAACACCAACUCAUUACUAAAUGAAUAGACCGGGGCUGGGCUUGAGUUUGAUAAAACAGAAUCCAGUUAGGACUGAAUUAAGUCAUAAAGAGCUUUGCAGAGGAGAGGAGGGCCUUAGCAUCAUCACAUCUCCUUGUGUCUCCCCUCCAGAGGUAGAUUGGGCGCUAUGCGACAGCAGUGAUGUCACUCAUACAUACGUGCGUGCGCACACACACACACACACACACACACACACACACACACACACACACACUCGUGUUACAUAAUAAAUUAUGACAAAAUAUAGCAAGAAAUGACAUUUCCUCUAAAAGUGUGUUAUAGCACAUCUGGGAAACCGAGACGGGUUCAUAUUGUGUGCAAAUAAUGAUUUUUUUAUAGGAUUUAUUUGGACUCUUGGCAGUUAAAUUAGGAUUUAGUCCAAACUGCACUGUCACACACAAGCUCCAAAUGGUCCCAAACAAAUGCAAAUACACACACGCACGCGCACACACACACACACACACACACACACAUUUUAAACCUUGCCCCUAAUUCAUUCACAGCUGUCUCUCUCCCCCACCGCCCUGCCCUUCCUCGGUCAAAUUAGAUUAGGUAAUAGCUGUGGUAGUUAGCGGUGAUAGUUUUGCAUAACACACUUCAUUUCCUUCACUGAUGAAUUUGGACUCUGUAUUACAUCAUGCUUUGGAAGAAAAAUGCUAGUGAAUGACUAAUGUAGGAAUCGGUUGACAGGCCUGCUAACAGUGAUUUGACCUCUCUUGGCAAAUAAUAUCUUGUCACAGUGUCCUGUAAUGUUGCCAAUCAUUCUGUUUUCUCAUGUAUUUUUCUGGGCAGUUUUUCUGUGAGUCACUGUCAAAGAACCAAUCAAUUUAGCAAAGUGCAUGUUUUGUAAAAGAAGAAGAGUGAUGCAGACACAAUUAGGAAUUUAAGUCAUAGUCAUUUAGUCCAAUGUGACGUACAGUUAACACACAGUUUACAGUGUUUUUGGCCCAUGCAGCAAUAAACCCAAUUAUUAUGGCAUUGCACGCACCAUGCUCUGAUCUAUUAGAACCACUCUGGUUAGCGAUCGUGCCAAAGUAUUUUGAUGCCCACUAAUAUUGGACCCUCUGCCUCCAUUCCACCCCCUCAGGUACAAGAUGAUCUCGGAGUUCACGUGGCCCAAUCACGACCUCCCGUCGGACAAAGAGGCAGUGAAGAGGCUGCUGCAGGGCUGUGGCUUCGAGCACGACGUGGCCUACGGCAAGACCAAGGUGUUCGUCCGCACGCCGCGCACCCUCUUCUGCCUGGAGGAGCAGAGGGACGAAAUGGUUGGGAGAAUUGUCCUCUUCCUUCAGAAGGUCAGUGUCAAUCUCGUCAUCUUUGACCCUUGGCCUUGUCUCCGUGGCAACGGCCCUAUGUCGAGUGUGAACAUUCUA